CCUAUACUCAUCCACUGAUGCUGUAGAUUCAGGUGAGUCUGGUCUCUGCCAAAAUGCAAACGCCUCCGAAGUUAUGUCGUCAACUUCCGAAGUCCCUGAAAUCACUGAUUCAGGUGAUGAUGAUCUAUAUCCAUAUACAGAAGAUGUAACACAUUCAGGUAUUGCAUGUAAGAACUCAGGUAUGGGUGAAUCAGGUGACAGUGUCCUGUAUUCAUCUAUAGAUACUAUUGAAUCAGGUGAUGAGGGUCUAUCGUUGAAAAGCAUUGAGGCAUACAAUAAUAACUCAUUUUCAAAUUCUUCAUCUGACAAUACUGAUGCAGGUGAUGAUGAUCUGCUUCCUGUCAUAAAUAUGGUUGGUUCUGGGAAAUAUUGUAGGUAUUGUGGUAGAGGAGAGUCUGGAGACAGACACCUGAACUCAUCCACUGAUGCUGUAGAUUCAGGAGAAGAUGAUCUGACGUUUGUCAGUACCAUGACUGAUUCAGGCGACAUGGGGCAAUACUCUGAUAAAGACUCAGGUGAUAGGGGUCUUUCCUCUGUAUCUGACACGAUUGACUCAGGUGAGUCUGGUCUUGAUUCAAUAAAGAAUACCUCAGAAAUGAAAAGGUCAUAUUCAAUAUCUGAAGUCACUGAUUCAGGUGAUGAAGAUCUAUAUCCAAUAGAAUAUGUAACAGAUUCAGGUAAGUCUUGUCUAAACUCAGGUAUGGGUGAAUCAGGUGACAGCGCCAUGUAUUCAUCUACAGAUGCUAUUGAAUCUGGUGAGCCUGGUCUCUGCCAAAAGGAAAAAGCCUCAGAUAGCAUAUGUCCAAUUUCUUCUGAACUCACUGAAUCUGGUGACGAUGGUCUGCUUCCGGCCAUAAACAUUACUGGUUCUGGGAAAUAUUGUAAAUAUUGUGGAAUUGGUGAGUCUGGAGAUAAAGAUCUAUGCUCAUCCAUUGACUUCACUGACUCAGGAGAAUCUGACCUCAACCCACUCUCGUUUGAUAACGUUUGACUUAGAAGUUCUGAUUUCUGUACAUACUCUAUUGUACUCCCACAAUACUCAAACAUACCUGUUUUACUAGCAAAGGUUUCCCCUGCAUAUUGGGGGUCAUGUAUUGGAGAGAUCAGCUUCCAACGAUCUGCAUCAUACACAAAUUUGUAAAUUGGCACUUGCAUGACUGAUUCUGAUGGUGAAAUUGCAUAUUCAAUAUCUGAAGUCACGGACUCAGGUGACGAUGAUCUACAUUCAACAAAAUAUUCAAGUAAAUUCUGUCUAAACUCCGGUAUGGGUGAGUCAGGUGACAGUGCCCUGUAGUCAUCUACAGAUGCUACUGAAUCAGGUCUGUCCUCAAAAAGCAUUGAGGUAAAUGAGAAUAACUCAGUUUCAUAUUCCAAAUCUGACAAUACUGAUACAGGUGACGAUGAUCUGCUUCUUGCCAUAAACAGAGUUGGUUCUGGGUAAUGUUGUAGGUAUUGUGGUAGAGGAGAGUCUGGAGACAGACAUCUGUACUCAUCCACUGAUGCUGUAGAUUCAGGAGAAGAUGAUCUGAUGUUUGUCAGUAGCAUGACUGAUUCAGGUGACAUGGGGCAAUACUCUGAUAAAGACUCAGGUGAUAGGGGUCUUUCCUCUGUAUCUGAUACGAUUGACUCCGGUGAGUCUGGUCUCUGCCAAAAGGCAAAAGCCUCAGAUGAAGGCCUAUCUUUAUCUGAGAAGAUUGUUGAAAAAAUAUCAGAAAGCUCACAUUCGUUGUCUGACCAUACUGAUGUUAGUGAUCGGGGUUUAUCUUCAUGGAAUAACGACAUUAAGGGCAGAGACCCACAUUCCAUAUCUGAUUCAGGUGAAGUUGAUCUGUAUCCUAUAAAAUGUGGAAUAGAUUCAGGUAAUGACGGCCAAAAAUCAGGUAUG